CGAAUUAUUCCUCCAAAUCUGGGCACAGGUAUGGUUCAGAUGAAGGGAACUCCUGUUAGUAAUGGAUCCAUAAAAGCAAGAGUUUGUGUCUCUGAGGAUAUCACAGAAGCUGACAAUAUUCAGCCGGGAGAUAUACUGAUCACAUACUCGACAGACAUCGGUUGGAGUCCAUACUUCCCUCUACUGUCGGGUAUUAUCACAGAAAUCGGUGGAACCAUAUCUCACGGGGCAGUCAUUGCCAGAGAAUACGGAAUCCCGUGUCUGAUAGCAGUGGAGGGCGCGUGUCGUGCCUUCAAAACAGGAGAUAUUUGUGUUUUGGAUACUCAGAGCUCAACCAUCACUAAAAUCCAGUAAAUCUAUUGGCAAUAUAGCAUAAAACAUAGCAUUAUACAAUUGUAUAAUCAUUAAAAUUUUCUUUAAUA